UCUCACAACCUUCACGACCUUCACAUCACGUCUUUCACUUACGACCCGUCAUCUCACCUAACACAACAUAAAACAUAAUGGGUGCUAUUGUUUCUGCUAUCGGCGGUGCCAUCGAGGCCAUCAUCUCAGCCGUCGCUAGCAUUUGCAUGAUCAUUGUCUCUGCGAUCGUAACGGUCAUCGUAACGAUCUUCGAUAUCAUCUUUGACAUCAUUUGCUGCAACUGCUUCGGCGGUCGAACGCGCCGUACAGGCACUCAUACAUACAACUUUGGAAGAAGGGGAGGGGCAGCGACUUAUUAAACACUCGUUCGACACCACACGACGUUAUAUACCCAAUUUGCUGCGGUUGCGGACGAGGUUGAACUGCAAACGAGGAGAUGGUUCCUUGUAUACCCUUCUGGCAUUGCUGCAUCCUAUG